AGCGAUGGCCUUGUAACCAGCUGUAUUCAUUAAGUCUGGGCUAUUUUAUUACAGAAACCGCGUCUUGGACUAAUCGAAUAAGUAUAGAUUUGGUACCAUCACUAACACUAUUUUCUCAGAAUGCAUUCUUGAACGGGUUUUGGCUGACCACCCACUCCGGGCUGCCGUUACUAUCGCUUGUUCGUCGCUCGGCGCCACUUGGUCAAUCAACUUGGCAGCACCCACCUUUCGGUGCCAUGGAUGAGCACGCUAUGACUUCUACGACACCGAGACACCAUGGAACACAACGAAGCAAUGUGGGGUACCUGUCUUGACAGCGAUAUAAUAAGCACUGUUCUCCCUUCUCAAAGAUAUGCGUUGCGCGAAUCGCUAUAACAAUGAGUGAAUGAGUUAGUAACUCUGUCAUAAGGAGGUUAUUUGUCAGACUCAUUUCGCGUACUGCUGCUACCAAGCAUAGAGUGGUAUAGGAAUACUGGAAUCAUGUUUCUCUUCCGCUGGCGCGCUGGCGCCAGGAAUGAGGCGCAAGCAAACGUAGAUAGCAAUUUGGCGCCUCCUUCGUACGAAGACAGCCAAGAUGCUUCUCUACGGGAAGUGUUGCAGGGCGCAAGAGCAGUCUUACCACUAUUGUGGCCCUCAGCAUCUGAUUCCCUGUCAACACCCUCAACAACAUCCUACGCGCCGUCUUCAUCAGAAUCGACCAAUGAGUACCAGAGUAUAGCGCCAGAUACGAAACUCAGAACGGAGAAAAGUGGACAGGAUACUGAAAGCACACGGGGAAAUCCAGCUCACGAAGAAAAUGCAAUAAUCGAGGUCCUCGCAAAUCUCGCCAUAGUAUCAUGUGACGGCCGCCCAUUUCUAGACCGCAUACGGCAGUUCUCAGACUUCUACUUCACGCCAUAUACAAGCGAGGACGAAUGCACCCGCGAUGAGCCCGUCCCUCUGCCAGAACGGCAGCGCAUAAUUCUCCAGAAUAUCAAUGCGCCGCGCGAGAGCGCGGCCCUCGUGCUCUGCGCGCGGGUGCUAGAGGAGUAUUACGCCAAGUUAAGACGCGUGGACACCACAAGAGAAUUCCCAGUCUCGACCUCACAGGGGGUCUGCUCAGGGCACCAGAAAGAGAAACCAAGGAGUAGCAGUAAUGCAACAGAAGAGAGCAGCGGAGAAUCACCUUCAUCCCCAGGUUUGAAAACACGACUUACCCAGAUCGCGCCAUGCUCAACAAGCGAAUGCACGUGCAGCGACUUCGACGAAGCAAUUCCAACUCAAACCCCCGACGACUCCAAGCCGCCCCUCUGCAGCUGCGGCCACCCGCGAACAUCGCACUCUGAAUCCGCCGGCGCAGAGGGUCUAUCGCGUCUGCUGCGGCACUACACAAACUGGGACAGCGGGACCUACGCAGCGCUCAGGCACCGGGCGAUAACAGGCCGACGCAAGGGCCAAGUAGCCGAGAUCCACGCGUGCAGCGCCAAAGAUUGCGCAUGUCGGGACUACGACAAAUGGUCGUACACGGCGCUAUGCGCACGUUGCGGACAUCACAACGUCUUCCAUCUCUCUCUAAGAGAAACGCAGAAGCUAGAAGAAGAAAAAGAAGGCAAGCGGCGGGGGAAGAGAAAAGGAAGGAGGGGUGGAGAUAAUGCUUCUGGUGCUGGUGGGAAAAUAGCGGACUGGGAGUUAAGUUGGAUACUGGUUGAGAACGCGUAUUCACUUCUUACUCGCAUCGUGCCGGUGUCACUGGAUGAGAAGCAGUGAGCUUGGUUCGCGUAAUGGUACCUUGUCCCAUGCAUCUCCAUUCGGAUUUCAAGGAAUCAACAAUGGGGGCGAGUAUUUAGUACUAUGUUUGUAGAGGUGUCCUAACUAACAGAUUUGCUGGCUGGCUUGUAAUUGCUCUAUAAACCCAUCGCGAGAUGUGUUACGCAGGCAGAAGAAGACAUGUAAGUAAAGUAGACCGUUUCAUCGCUGGUUC